AUGACCCAAAUCGGUCUGUAUCCUGCUGGUCUUACCAAGCCAUUCGAGUUGUCGUUGUCGGCCAUCAAGUCUGUGUUGGAACCAGAGAAUCCAUCUUAUUCAAGUACUAACCUUAAUGUUCCAAUAGAACGUUCCUACCAUAUUUUACUUUCAGAGCGUGUUCCAAACUGUCAAAAAUGCGGACAACACGGUCGCAAAUCUCGUCUCAAAGGUCACAAAAGGUAGAAUAUUAACGUUUAACAUACUUUUACCUUUAAUAAUUCCAGAAACUGUCCAUUCCGAGAGUGCACCUGCGCCAAGGUAAGCCUAAAGAUUUUUCUGUAGCUUUCAUCUUUUCUAGGAUUUCUGGGUUGCUCUUCUAUUACUCCUUCUAGAAUAUUAGACGAACGGAAAAAGUGGAAGUGUAAUUUGAGAAUAGUGUUUUCGUUUUUCUAACUGGUAGAAAACACCGUCGAUGUGUAUGAUGUAUGCAGCUUCUGCUCAGCGCGAUUGUUUGAAACUCUUUGAGCUAGAUGAGAAGGGCUCUCACAUGUCUCAAUGCUUUAGAAAACGAAGAAACAUGUUUCAUUUAUUAAAACUAAUGAGAUGUUUCUCGGUAAAUGCCACGAGUUGCUCUUUGCACACAACCUGCACAGUGGCGAGACAUUCUUAGAGCUCAAGAGCAAGAGAGUGAAUUUCUGAUUUCUCUUAUUAUUUGACGCAUCCCUAGUGCAGCUCCACUACAGAUGUCGUUUUGAAAUGUCGGAAAAGUUCACACAUAAAAAACAAAGACAAUCAUGAGGCAUCGCCCGUUGACGUCUACGGAGACAAACCCACCAAUUUGGAGGCAACGGUGUGUACGAGUCUCCCCCCAGACAUGCUUUAGAUUUGUGCUAAAUUCAAUUUCGCAACAUGGAAUUUUCUUGUCGACACUCAGAGCGUUCCCCUUCAUUAUUCCACGCAAAAACAUUUGUCACGCCGAAUUCUGAUCGCAAUCUGAAAUUUCCGCUCACUUAUGAGUCAUGCGUGAUCUUUGCAACAAUCCAACGAAUGUCUCUGAGACAUCCUAGACAUCCUCUAAGCUUGAAGUUCUUCGCUCUUUAAAAACAGAGAAAUGUUUGGGUGGGUGGGAGAGCGUGGAGGGGGACCGAAAAUUGCAAACAUGUUUUGCUCAGCUGACCCGUCGCCGGUCGAAAAAAAUUGUGUGUGUGUGUGUCCGCAUGUUGGAGACUUGCAUACAAAAAAUAUAUACGAAUUAUAAUUUUCAUCAUCAUCAUUUCUUGGUUCGCCUGUUGCUCAUCAGUAAACAAAAUAACCUGAGCGAGAGAUUCUGCUUGAAUCUGGACUAGUUUCAUUACGUUUUCAGAGAUGAGAUGACAUUUGAGCUAUUUCCGUGCUAGCUCGUUUUUCGGAGAACUUAUUUUUUUGAAACUUGAAGAGGAUCAUCAUGUCUGUACUUCCUGUACAUGUUAUCGACACCUUUUUUGAAUGUGUUCCGAGCACGGAAAUUCAAAAUCACCUGUCUAGCUUCCAUCCAAUAUCAUGUAAUAUCAUGUUUUGAACAUAAGCUUCGUUGAACAUUAGCCUAAUUGGAGCUCUUAUGGACCGCCUGAAUAUCAGACAUUCUUGGAAAAGUUAAGAGAUCUAGAAGGUGCUUUGAGCUUCUCGUCACUGGCUCCGCGCGCGCAAAAAGAAGAAAAACAAAAAGGACAUAGUAAAUUAUCCAGAAGGCCAUACGAAGAACACCGACAAAAAUUGUAACAUAGUUUGAUAUUUACGCCAGGGCAAUUGCUACUUACCGUAGCUCUAAAAUAUUAAAUGUUUCAUUAACUGAUUCUUACUAUUAGUUCCUUGUUCUGCAAGAAUUUAAAGCUAGCUUUAAAAGGAGGUGAUCGCGCUUCAUAAUUUUGCACCACUUUAUUACCACAAGAUGAAACGCGCCUCUGAAUUUUUGAAAAUCACCACCAAAUGCGAUUCACCUCAGUUCUGAGGCCUUUAAGAACACUGAAGCUUUUGGGAUUUUUGGAAACGGUAGUUGCUUUGUCAGCUGGAAACAAGUUUGAUCAGCCUGCUUCACACACGCACAUGCGAGGAACAUAAACACUUUUGAUGUUUUCGACAUUCGGGGCCCUCUCGAUGAGAAACGAGGAUUAGAUUGUGGUGACCUCGGCUACUCGUCGCCUCGCGAGCUCAGAAGUUUUUGGUUGUUUUUCUGGCUUGAGGGGAGAAAAGAGACGGGAGGGAAGAGCUGUAUGUGUAAAGUUGGGAUGAGAGUUUAUUUUGUACUCUACUCUCCUCUACCCUUCUCCUACGUGAAGGAUAAAGAAAAAAUAACAAAUUUAUUGCAGUGUGCCGUUGUCACUGAACGUCAGAAGUUGAUGGCCGAUCAGAUCAAGAUCCGACGUCGCCAACGCAAGGACACUCUGAUGAACUUGACCAGAGAACACAUCACCUCCACGAUCAACGCAGCCGCUGCUCUUUCAGCCGCCACUCCGAUCAGUCUCAACCAACUGAAUGCUCUUCUAUGUAGGCAAAAUGCCCAAAAAAAUUUUUCUCAAAUUGUAUUUUUUUCCAGAUGGUUCAAUCAAAACCUCCUCACAGCCGUUGCUUCCUUCCCCUGCCUCCUCGGACUCAUCCUACAGUAGUCCAUCCAUGCAAUUCCCGUCUCCAUCGCUUCCGAUUCUUCUCCCAACUUCUGCUGAUCACUCGCCACUAUCGCAGACCCCCAGCAUUCCAAGCUCCAUCGCUUCUCCGAUUGUCGCUCCUGUUCCUAUCAAUCCAGGCGGCUUCCCAUUCGUUGGGCUCGGAGCACAAGGACAAGAUGCCGCAGUUGCUGCAAUCAUGCAGGCGAUCAUUGAGAACUACAGCCUUUUGAACGACUCGACGCACAACAUCUCCAACUCGUCGAGUCCAUCGAAAGAUGACGAAAGCGGCGACGAUGACGCCGGCGAAUCGAUAAACUCGAACUGUAUAAUCGACGUUUGCACUGUGUAA